AGAAUGAAUGCAUGACAUGCAGUGUAGCUAUUGUGAACAGUUUUUGAAUUUGUUCAUGCAUAACAUUUUAUUGCAAUUUGCUUUAAAGAUAAACCUAGACAAUCGAGAUGGAUAGCUGUGUACGCAGUCCUUUGCAAUUGAUCAAAGAGUUGCCUCAAAUGCAGCAAUUCAUUUUGAAAGGGGUGAUCUCUAAAGGAAGACAGCUCGGACGUGGAUCGUUUGGAUCUGUGAUAGAAGUUCAGCUUCAUGGGGGGGCAAUCUGUGCUGGAAAAAAGAUCCACGAAACAUUCUUACAUCCAAGAAACGAAGGUGUUAAACAAGUCAUUGACAAAUUUGUGACAGAAUGCGACCUACUGUCCAAGAUGCGCCAUCCCAAUAUUGUUCAUUUUUAUGGCCUUGCUUUUAUUGACGAUAGCUCCAGGCCUGUUUUGGUUAUGGAGCGACUUGACAGAAGUCUUGACGACUUUCUCGAAAACACGGAAGCGAAAGAUGUCAUGUUCUCAAUUCGCUUGUCUAUUCUUCACGAUGUAGCAAAAGGACUUGUUUUCUUGCAUUCCCACCAGCCACCUAUUGCUCAUCGUGAUCUUACUGCAAAGAAUAUCCUUCUUACAACUAUGAAGAAAGCAUGCAUUGCAGAUCUUGGCAACUCCCGAAUGAUUGAAAAAGAAACCUUAUCUAGAAAACUCAGUCUAGCUCCAGGUACACUUGUGUACAUGCCACCAGAGGCAAUGGAAAGCCCAGUAGCAUAUGAUAUCAGUUUGGAUAUUUUCUCUUUUGGCCAUACUGCACUGUUCGUUUUUUGCCAUCGAUUUCCAAGCUCUCUUCUAGGAGCAAACUACAGCGAUCCUAAAAGCCGUGCUUCAAACAAACUUACACCGAGAACUGAAGUAGAACGCCGAAGUGAAUAUUUUAAAGACCUCCACACCCAAAUCCCAACCCAGGUUGUCGAGCUUGUAAAGUCAUGUCUAGACAACUUUCCAAAGCAGAGACCAACAGCUGUAGUAAUAUCUGAACUGCUGGAUGGACAUAAAAAACAAGCAGAAGAGUGUGAUAGAACGAUGGAAAAGCUGCAAGCAUGCUCUGUUUCGAAUUCAUCAGGCAUGGACGAAACAUUCAGUAGAUCUACCACAGCUACGAACACCCAUAUGACAAACAUUAAGAAUGGUAAUCGCUAUAUGAUGGAAAUGCAAGUUGCACAAGGGCGAAGAAAUUCUAGAAAAACAUAUAUUUUCCAGCUUGACAACAAAAGAUUGAAGUACUACAGCAAGCUAAACGAUAGACGAUGCAAAGAAUUGAAACUUGAAAAUGUCCGCACUGUCCUACCUUUGUACGAUGAGCCAACCCGAUUUACAGUACACUUUCAGCAUAAAGGUGAAGAACAAGAAUGGCAUCUUAGAGCAGAGACAGAGGAAGAGAGAGACUGUUGGAUCAAGGUCUUACGUGAUGCCACUGAGUCACUGAGUGAUGACAUACCGUCACCUCAGACCUCAAAAAAUGAUCUUGCUUAUGAAUAUCAAUAUGACUUCGAUCCAAAGCUUGUAGCUAAAAAAAAAGUGUCCUCUAAAGAUGUUACGCAGCCUCAACAAGAAAAUAUGAGACAUAGAUCUGAUACCACACCAGUUGGUGAUUUUUUGAGAAAAUCUCCUCACCGAAAACAAAGACAAAAGCAACCAACGUAUUCUCUGUAUGUACCAUCUUCUCCAGCUAAUACUGUAGCAUACAGUGGAUUUAACUUGGAGGCAAACCAGUCUUACGUUUCAAGAACAGAAUUACUAAGAGCUCAUGACAUCCCAGUAUUACAAGAACCAGCAUCACUUUAUUGUGUUACGGAUUUGUUGGAUGGCUCGUCAAAAGCUGACGAAUCAGAUGACUAUGAUGAUAUUAUCAUUUCACCCAAACAAAAGAGGAUCGUUGAUGAAGGACAAUUUAGAGCACCUUUUCUUCCCAAGCCACAGACCUAUAGAAAGAAACCCACAUGUUCACCUGGUAGAGCUGUAUCUCCUACACAGCAGUACAGCCCUGAGCACCAUAAAAUGUUAAACAUUGAGGGAGCAAAAGUACAACUAUCCCCAGUUAGAUCUUAUGGAUCAAGCUUGAAGCCUCCAGCCCCAUAUCCAGAAUCAGUUACUGCUCAGCACAGACCAAGGACUCCAAAGCAAGGAACGUCAAGGCCAUUAAAAGAUCUACUCGUAUCACUCCACAUCCCAAAGGAUCGUCUUUUUGAUCAAAAGUUUAUCACUAAAGGCGAGUUUGGGAAUAUUUUCCAUGCUAAGCUGUUAAAUUUAACGGGUGAGGAGGUGGAUGUAGCUGUGAAGACUCUACAGAUUUGUAAAGAUGCUACUGAGAGGAGAAACUUUGAGAGGGAAAUGGCUAUUUCUGCUGAUCCACGUCUAAAGCAUCCUAAUAUUGUCAAAGUCUACGGUCUCGUUGAAGGAGUGGAUCAAAUUGUGAUGGAAUACUUGCCAUCAGGAAAUUUGAAGCAAUUCUUAUGUAAAACUUCAAAACCUUUAAAUUGGCUUGUCAAGUACAUGCUAGACAUAGCAAUGGGCAUGGCUUUUCUUUCAGAGAGAGGUUUGAUUCACAGGGAUCUGGCCGCUAGAAAUAUACUAAUGGCCUCUGGUGGUGAGAAUUGCAAAGUAUCUGACUUUGGUCUACUCCGUCAACUCCCAGAUGACAUGAAUUACUAUAUCGACAGAAGUAGUGGAAAAUGUCCAAUUCGUUGGAUGGCACCAGAGAGUUUAGGUGAAAAGAAAUUCUCAUUCGCUUCAGAUGUCUGGAGCUAUGGCAUAGUCGCCUGGGAAAUUUUCAAUCCACACUGCGUACCAUUCGAAGAGUACGAUAACGUUCAAGUGGUUAUCAAAAUUUCGCAUGGGGCUGGAUUGAAAAUCCCCACACACUGCCCGGAAGAAAUUGAAACAAUAAUGCAAUCCUGCUGGAAAGAAAAGCCCAUGGAUAGACCAACCUUUAGUCAGCUUGCUACUUUGCUAGCACACAAAAUUCAUGCAUUUUAGUAUAGCUAUAUAGAUAGUGAGUGUGAUAUUAUUUUGUGACAACGUGUGGUUAUAGUAACAUUAUGUAACUAAACUACGAUAACCGCUAAUGUGAGUGUUACAGUUUUAGGAUGCAUGAA